AUGAGAUUAUUAAAGCUGCGUUCUGCGCCUGCCCCCUCCAAGCCUAAAAAGGCCAUCCGGACGCCGUCUGCACCAGCACGAGUCACCGCUUCGAACGCGAAACCUGGAAAGAAGCGUCGCCCCGACGAAGAUCGCUUGAUGUCCGCUUUGAACCCCGCGAGUGGUCAAGCAACAGUUCGUGAUGGCCCUGUCGGCCUUUCCAUCAAGGGCGCAGGGUCGGGACCGUUUGUUGUUGUCGGAAGUAAUUUCGCACCGGGGACCACCGCUGCAGAUAUCCAGUCGGCUUUGGAGCCCAUAACCGGAAAUAUCUUGCGUUGUUGGGUUACCUCGCAGCAUCCUACAGUUACUGCGGAGGUGACGUUCUCAGAGAAAUGGGCAGCGGAGAGCGCGAUUGCCAAUUUCCACAACCAGAGGGCAGAUGGCAGAAUCCUGUCGAUGCGAAUGAAAUCAACCGGCGCCGGGUCCCAGGGUCAGGAUCUAUUCGAGCGCUCUACGGGCACCAAGAACUCUUUCAACGACCUUCGAGAACAAGAAAACCGUAAGCGCAUGUUAAAUCGUGGAGCAGAUUCUGCUGUUCAAGACGGAAGCUAUGGGUUCGGUGGACAGAACCAAGCAACUGGUCGCGAUGAUGCCUCCGGGAACCGCAAUAAUAGACGCCACUUCCGAGGCAACCGAAACGCGGGUAUCAGCAGGAACCAAGAUCAACAAUCAAACGAUCAGGGUCUCUACAGUGAUCAAAUGAUGGUCGAUGCGCCACCACGGAAUCCGAGAAACAACCGGGGUCGGUGGCAGCGGUAG